AGUCGCUAUCAUUUUACUAAUAAAAGAGGAAGAAGAUUAGAUCGAGCUUUUUGAGUUUUUUCACCAUAAAAUACCUCGCAAACGCGAAAUCUUCGAUCACAUAAUUCAAUUUAUUAAUCACUUUUUGGAUAUCUUCACUUGCCGGUCGUUCUAAACAAAAUGAAAAGCAACGAAUUUGCAAUUCAUCGUAGACUUUCUCGAAUAUGUGUUGUCUUGCGAGCGUUGGUGAUUUCGCCGAUUUUUUUCUGGGUAUUUGGCAUUCCGAACAAUUCGCAUCAGAAACUCUUUUGUUGCUUUUAAACCCACUUGAUGAGCUGUUACUUGCACUCUCACUUUUAUCACUCUCCAUUUCUAAAAGAAGGCGAAAAAAAUUCCAAAAUAAUAUUCGCACAAAUUUGUUGGCGUUGGUGCGUUGUAAAUACAACAUAAAAAUGACGUUCAUUUGACGACAUCUGUAAAAGCAUCAUAGACAUUGCUAGUGAAAAUAAGUCGUGAUAUUUUAACGAAUGUCACUGAACCAAAUUUGAAAUAAUGUUUAUGCAAUCAAAUUAAUGCUGGUUUUCAUAAUUGAUGAAACAAAAUCAGUGUUCGUUCAGUGGACGGUUAAAUGUCUAUGGAAUGAAUAUGAGACGCCGUCGCAAUGCAUGACAUUAGUCAAUGCACGGUUCAAUCUGUCAACGAAUUCUAAAUUGAAACAUUUCAAAUUUACUGAAUGUGAAAGAAACAAUAUUCGUGCAUUGCAAGACCAAUAUCAACCUUUUUUUCGGUAUCUCUCAUCAAACAUCUCAAGCUGAAUGCAAUCAAUUUAUUCAUACAAAACGGAUUGAUGCGAAUGCAAAGGAAACCCAAGCAUUUCCAAUAUGCAAACAACCGAUUUAAAUGGCAUUUUCAAAUAAGCUACAGAGUUGAAUUGUUAAAAUUGAUUGUGCAUGAUCAAGAUUCAGUUCACGUUAGAAAAUAAAUAAAUAGUUCAGUGGUUUGAUUCAAUUUUAAACGUAGUGCUCGCAAUUAAUUUUGCAAACAACUGUGGACACUAUUUAUGAGAUUAUCAUAAAGCCUCAAAUAGAAUGUGGCCUAAACUAUUGGACUUAACGCAAGAUGAAUGUCGAGGUGCGCUUAGGCGUUUGGAAUUGGAGUCGUAUUCGAAUGUGGUGGGUGCAUUUCGAGCGCAGGGAACAUUAAAUGCUGUAAAAUUGAAAAUUUUAAAAGAUCUGCGAGAAGCAUUUCAUAUAUCUGAUGCCCGGCACAAGGCCGAAGUUAGACGAGUUGUGAACGAUGAAUCUCUAUCGACGAUAGCAAAAAUGAUUUAUGGACCAAAUAGUGAAAUUGAAUGGAACAAAGAAGGCAGUCGAGGUUUCUUGAUAAUAAAUCGUAAGCCAUCACAAACGGCAUUGGCUUCGGUCGCUGAUAAAGCUUAUGAAUUGGGCAAAACACUGAAUAAAAAUCUGAAACACCCGUCAGACACUUCGAGAGAUCGUUUGCUUCAGGUGAACAAGAAUGCGAAUGCUACGGAUAAAAUCGUCGACACUGAUCCAAGCAGCAACCAUCCGAAAGCAAAGAGUAAACCGGAAAAAGCGAGUGUAGCUGCGGUGCCGGUCAAAGCCGAUGCAAAUCGUGUGGAAUUGAGUUCUUCAGCGACAAAAAAGCAGCGUGAAUCAAAUAAACAUUGCGCUCCAACGGAGCAGCCGGCCUUAAAAAUCCCCCCAACGAAUGCAGUCGAGAGUAAGGCAAUACAAACGCCGAAAGUGGAAAACGUACAAAUGCCAAUGCCAAUGCCAAAGCCAAUCACGGCAAACAGUCGUCGACGCAAAAGUACAACAUCUUUGGCAAAUCACAAUGCACCAGCACCCAAAGCGAUGCUGCUAACAAGCCGACGAGAUACAAUGAUUGAAACGAGCCGGGAACGAAUUCGAGAGACACCACAUUCAAUAGAACAACUACAACCACCACUGGCACCCAAACCCCAGCCAAUAGUACAACAACAGCAAACGCCACCGCCACCGCCACCAAAACCGAUCGUCAAUGAAGUGCGUGUGAUUCAAAAAGAAGUCGCUGCUGCGCCUCGAGAGGAAAUCGUAAAAAGUGCACCGAUUUAUACGCAAAAUGCUGUGCAUCGAACGUUGUCCAAUGACGGUGAGGUGCAAGUAAUCGAGGCGAUUGUUCCGCAAAAAGUGGAAACAAUCAAAGGAACGCGUAACGUAAUGAAUGCGAUAAGCCAGGGUGCGCAAUUGGUGAAAGUAAUUGAUUCGAAAAUAAUGAAAAAACCGGUCACAAUCUCGAAUAUGUAUGCAAAACCGACUCAAACUCAGCCACUCAAAGUGGCUCAGCCAACAACAAUAGCAAGCAUCAAACAAACAUUUGCACCCGUCAAAUUGGCCAACGUCGAAUAUUUAACGGUAAAUGAUUGUGCGCGACCGCUAUCAAAGCCAACCAUUGGCAAAGUAGCGCAUAAAAUUCAGGUUAUCACAUCCGAUGCACCGCAAAUGAUAAACAGUGUAAAUGUCGUUCAAAGGACAACGAAUCACGGCAACAAAAAUAACGAUUUCAUUUCGAUACCAACCGCCCGAAAUCCAAACAUUGUAAAAACAAGUGACAAAACGAUAAUGCAUGUAUCGCCGCAUCUUCCACAACAUCAAUUCCAUCAUCAUCACCAGCAACAAUAUCAACAGCCAAGACCCCAAAUAAAUAAAAAACCAACCACAAUCAUUGGCCAAACUAUUCAAAACCAUUUGAAAUAUCCACAACAAACGAAGCAUGUCGUACAAAUUGUACAACAACCACCACAAUCGCAGCCCAGAACCCUCACCAUUCAUCCGAAUUCGACAAUUUUAAAAGCACUCCCAACUCAAGUUCAAGUAUCGACGAUAAAUGAAAUGCCAGCAGAAUACGUGUACGAAGAGCAGGUGAAUGAUUGGCAAAACUAUGAUCCGACUAUGACCAACCAAAAUGGCUAUGUAAAAAUCGUUCGAAGCGCUCCACCAAACAAUGGGCGUGACUAUCAAAAGCAUGCAAAUAUUACACCAAAUAUUAUAACCGAGAAUAUAAUUUAUGACGAGGACAUUAUCACCGAGGAAUACAUCACGACGGACGAAUUCACCGCCGAUAAUGUUAUUGAAAUGGAUGGUUUUAGUUAGUAGUAAUGUCAUAAGUUCAUAAGAUUAUAUAACUAAAAAAAAAAAACAACACAAAAAGAAAAACAAAUGCAAAAAGAAUAAAAACGCAACUCUGUUUAUUCUUUCCAAAAUUGUACUUAAUUACGUUUUUUUUUCUCUCUUUAAUUGUAUUUUUUUUUUUUUCAAAUAAAUUUAUUUUUUUGUAUAUAUAUAUUUAAA